GCAGACCAACUUAAACGAAUAAAAAUGCCUGGACCUUGCAAAUGCAUUGAAACGAACGUGUGCUCCUGUGGUGCUGGAUGCAGCGGAAAAUGUUGUCAAUGUGGAGACGCCUGCAAAUGUGCAAGUGGCUGUGCAUAUCCUGGAUGUAAACUUGUUUGCAGAUGUUCAGGUACUUGUGUAUGUGGAUGUGAUUGUACUGGUCUGUCAACCUGCAAAUGUCAAUUUGGAUGCUCCUGCAAGUGAAAAAAAGACUGUCACAACGUUAACGUGCAUAAUACAUUCAUACUUGUAACUCGUAUCAUUC